AUGGAGCUGCAGGGUAGCAGUCACACUCCUUCAAUGGAUUUCCACAUUGUUACUGGGGGAAUUGGUGAUUAUCAUCUAAAUAAGCACAAGCCAUGGAUUGAGAGUUCAUAUCAUGGUGUCAUCACAGAAAACACAGAUGUGGUUCUGUUGGAUCCCCCUUUGGUCGCUCUGGACAAAGACGCACCAGUACCGUAUGCAGGUGAGAUUUGUGGGUUUGACGUGCAGGGUCUCGGUGCUCCAUUCAAGGCUGUGGUUCUGAACAGCACGUCAGGAGAGGGGCAGCUGCAGGCGCAUGGACCAAUAGACUGUGAGCAUCAGAGAGAGUACACUUUCAUCAUACAAGCACAUGACUGUGGCACAGGACCGCCGGGCAGUGGAGAGAAGAGAUCACACAAGGCAGUGGUGCACAUCCAGGUGGGAGAUGUGAAUGAAUUCUCCCCUGUGUUUGGUCAGUCGGAGUAUCAUGGCUCAGUGACAGAGGGUAAAGUGUCUGACAGUAUUCUGCAGGUGCAGGCGUCAGACGACGACUGCUCUCCUCAAUACAGUCAGGUCUGCAACUACCAGAUCAUCACUGAGGACACACCCUUCGCAAUAGACCACAAUGGUAACAUUAGGAACACAGAGAGUCUGAGCUUUGAUAAGAAGUCACAUUAUAAAAUCCUAGUGACGGCGUUUGACUGCGGUCAGAAGAGAGCAGUGCAGGACGCUGUGGUAUACAUCCAUGUAAAACCCAUCUGCAAGCCUGGAUGGCAAGCCUGGAAAAAGUGUGUUGACUAUGAGCCAGGAAUGGGGAGUAAACUGUUAUUCCCCAAGAUGCAUCUGGAGACCUGUGAGAGAUCUGUGUCCUGGAUUAGGAUCACAGUGGAGCUGGUGACCAGUCAUGUUGGAAAGGGUUGCAACAGAGAGGCGCAAUCUGAGAGGUCAUUACAGAAGCUCUGUGGAGCUUCAUCAGGCACCACAGAGCUUCUCCCCACCCAUAACGGCAAUUUUAAUUGGACGGCAACUCUUGUGACGGAUGGUGGUCAGGACAGCAACCUCAUAUACCGGUUUGAUGGUCGUCAAGCUGCCAAGAUCCCAGACCGGGUUGUCCCGCAGAAUCUAUCAGAUCAGUUCACCAUAGCUACAUGGAUGAAGCACGGACCAAGUCCAGGACAGAGAGCGGAGAAAGAAACGCUGCUCUGCAACUCUGACAAAACCGAGAUGAACAGACACCAUUACUCUCUGUAUGUGCAUAACUGCAGACUGGUGUUCCUUUUGAGAACAGAUUACACACAGACCGACUCCUUCAGACCAGCAGAAUUCCACUGGAAAUUAGAGCAGAUCUGUGAUAAGGAGUGGCAUUAUUACGUCAUCAGCAUUGAGUUUCCAGUAGUGACUCUUUAUGUUGAUGGCAUGACCUAUGACCCUUACCUGGUGACAGAUGAUUGGCCCAUCAACUCCCCUCAGAUCGACUUGCAGCUCACCGUAGGAGCCUGCUGGCAAGGUGGCGAAGUCUCUAAAGCAAAGUUCACUCAGUAUUUUCGAGGCAGUUUGUCUGGACUGACAGUCCGACCGGGAAAAAUCGAAAGCCAGAAUAUCAUCUCCUGUCUACAGGCCUGUAAAGAGGGGCUGGACAUCACCUCACUGGAAGGCCUCGGACAGAGGAUAAAGUUUCACUUCAAUCCCGCUCAGUCUCUUGUGGUGAUGGAGGGUGAGGAUUUGGAGCAGAUGAAUGAAGCACUGAGGAAAGUUUCUUACAUGAACUCUCGCCAGAUUCCCACGCCUGGAGUGCGUCACCUCCGGGUCUCAACAGCAGUGCAGUGUUUCGGAGAGGAUAUGUGCAUUUCUGUUCCUGAUAUUGAGGCAGUUGUCAUGGUAAUGCAGCCCAGUAAACCACACAUCACAAUCACUGGGGUGGAGCACCUUACUGUCCCCGCCUCCAACCUUGCCCAAGGCCUAUCACUGUUCAGGGACUUGCAUAUCAUCAGUACAGUUACAAAGGGUGAUGAACCUACAUAUAACACAGAUCAUAGGUCAGGUGUAUUCACUCAUAACCUGGACUAUUGUGACAUCAUGGUGUUGGGGGAGGAGUUAAGGGCGGGGCUAGAGAGUCUAGAACUGCAUCGCAGUGCCUUAUUGGGCAGACAACUAGAAUACACUAACUCUACCACCGGCAUGUCCAUAUAUGGUGUGGACUCCAUUUCUCACUACGCAGAUGUGAUCAGAGAGGUGCGUUAUCAAAGCCGUCAAGCUGUCGACUCCGUCCGAUCCUUCAGAUUGAUUUGUUCCGAACUCAAUGGACGUUAUACCAGCAAUCAGUACACACUACAGGUCAACAUUCUGCACAGAGAGGAAGCCACCGAACAUGUCAAUCAUGUGAUGGCCCCACCCAAAUACAUGCAAAUGAUUCAUCCUAUGGUAGUGGAAUCUAACACCCACAGCUUAGCUGUACCCAGUGCUGCCACUGUUGUGAUUGUUGUGUGUAUCGCCGCCCUGGUGGUGGUGGUUGCGUUGGGUGUUCACCACCUCUAUCAAACACGUUACAAAGAGGAUAUGCAGGCACACAAGCUGCAAGAAAAACAACUGGAUUGGGAUGGCUUGUGUCUAUCCAUCACUGUCAACCCACUGGAGAGUUUUAAAGAACUGCAACCUGCAGAAGAACUAAUAGAGGAAGAGGACGAUGAUGAAGAUGAAGAUAUCUCUAGUGCUGAAUCAGACAGUGAUGAAGAAACUACAACAUCUGUCAUACACCAUCAAACCACAAUGCAAUGGAGAAAAGCAACAAUACACUGAGAAAUCAAACAUAUACCUGUACAUACAUACACUCACAAAUACAACACUCUACCUGUAACAUCUCAAUGGCAGUACAACCUGCAACACAUUUCCGUUUUUACACGUUAAAAGACUCAACCCUCUCACAAACACAGACAAACACUGAAAAGACAACGACUCUGUGUUUUUUGAAACAGCUCUGAUUCUUUUGUGAUACUGUUUGGUGUCAGAACCAGUCAAAGUCUUGCAUCCUCUUCAAUCCCUUUAUCAGCUCUGUCUCUCCGUUGCUGGAGGACAUUAACAGAGAGGAAGAGACAGUGAUGUCAAAGAAGAAGCUGUGGAUUGCUAAGGCAUCAGAAUGCUCAUCAACCAGCAGUCUGUUCAAGCUUUUGAUCAGAAGAGUUUCUUUUUUUGAGACUGAAAACAGUCCUCUCUAGUGCGAUAAGCUAAUUUAUUCCAAAAGCCUCUCAAUGUGAAAUGAUUGUCUUUUCCUCAUUAUUCUCAUUGGAGUGGCCCUAAAAUUCAGCUGUGGAGGAAAAGAUUUAAUUAGACCUAGAGGUCGACUGAUAAUUAAUUUUGCCAGUACGUACGAGUAAAUAUCAGAUUUCAGAUUAUUAGGUGUAUUGUUUUUAAAAUCGAUAUAUUUGUGGCUACAUAACGUAAACACCAGUCUCUGUUGAUUUAAUUAUUAAUCGGCACCUACAUGAAGAGUCAAGUAGCGAUGUCUGUGGUUUCAGUGAACGAAUCACUCCUUUGAACUGGUUCUUUUCAGCCGCUUGAACCAGUUCACAAAAUCAGGCCGAAUAGGUUUGUACGGAUCUCGACGCAUCUUGAGUCAACAUUAAUCGGUAAGUUCCUAAAUCAGUAAUAUGAUCCUAGAACAAGUGAUGUCUGCUUUUGCUAUCAGUUCAUUGCAAUGAACUGAUCCAGUCACAAUAAUGAUCAAGUCAACAGUACACUAGAUUGAGAACUGAUUCCUUCAGACAUGUCCGAAAUGCCGAGAACCGAUGUCAGGCUCUGUGCUAAGUGUAGUCACGAGUCAGAACGAACCUCCCACAAUGAAUCAGUGAUCAUUUUUAUUUACCUUUUUUUUGCAGUUUUAUGUUUUUAUAUAUGGAUUGACUGUUUGCACUAGGUGUAAAUAUCACCUGCAACACAGGUUUGCACUCCAACAGUUUGGUGGAAACACAGAAAUUGAAGAUAUUGCACCCCUAGUGUCGCUACAGUGGUGUGGGGUUUAACGAAGGCAUGGAUGUGCUUUUUCGUGCAGACGACCUGGGUUAGAAUCUGCUAUUUGUCCCACUUUUUCCCUUCCUGUUUCCUGUCUACACUCUUAAUAUUACCUUUAAUACUACUUAUUAUAUAAUAAAUACAUAAUUUGUAUUUAUCAUUAUAUAAUAUAUAAAUCAUAAUUAAUAUUAAUAUUAUAUAUUAUAUAAAGGCAGAUUUCCUCGCAGUGAUUUGGUCACAGUGAAGGUCAGGGAGUUGAGAGAAAGGUUUGAUCCCGGUGAAAUUAACCAUGAUUUUACUAUAGUAACCAUGUUUUUUGACAGAAGCCAAAGUUUUAAUGUAAUUAACCAUUGUGUUACUAAAGUAAUAUGAUGUUAAUAUAGUAACCAAGUUUCAUUUUGUGGUUACAAUGAUUUUACGUAAUACCAUGGUGAAACUAUGGUUACUGUAGUAAAACCAUGGUUAAUUUUUGUAAUGGAAGGUAAAGGUUAGGGUACGGUUCAUGGGUAGGGGAUGGUGUAGGGUGUCUGUGGGACUCUAAAUAAACACUAUAAACACACAGUGAUGGCUCUAUUUAAUAGACCUUAUUCACGGAAGCGUCAUCUUUGAUUUUUAAUGGGAACGACAAUGAGGCUGUGAGGGAAAGUCUUACAGUCUCUUCAAUGACACGCACGGUACAAAGCUGUAAAAAGCUCCUUGAUCUCAUGUUGCAGGGCCAUGCACAGACAUUUUGGGGGGCAGGUGCUCAAGCGAAAUACCCUUCUUCAUAUCGCAACGCCGUUUUGUGGCCAGCCCACCGGGAAAAGUCACGGUUCUCCCUAUGGCCAGUCCGCCCCUGACGACGGUGUCACAAUGCUAUUCUCCAAUGCCAGACUAGCUAGCUUGCUGUUACGCUUAAUGGAGGGCUAUUGCCUAAGUUAGUCUGGCUGUAUUGAGAUGUUUUAAUAGUGGUUUAAUUUCACAACAGUGACAAACAGUGCCGAAGCUUAGGGCAAACACUAUCGUUGCUGGCUGUCACUAAUGAAGGCAGGUCAGAGAGACAUGGAUGCUGCUCCGCUAUAGAGUUCUAUCUGUGCCCUAUUCUGCAUGCACAAAAUUAUAUUUUGAGCGCUCAAAAAAUAUUCUGCGAGUGAAAGAUGAUAUUUUGAGCACGUAAAAAGGUAUUUUGCAUGCAGAGUGGGUAGGAGGAGAAAGCAAAAUUCACAUUCAAAUAAAAUUGAUUUUAGUGCAAAAUUGAUUUUCGUUUGUUCAAAGUGAAUUUAUCUUUGCAAGAAGAUACAUUGCUUUACAAAACUGAGUUCAAGCACGUGCAAAAUAACUUUUUGUGCGCUCAAAAUAUCAUCUUGCACUUACAGAAAAUUUUUUGUGCUCUCAAAAUUUCAUUUUGCGCAUGCAGAAAAAUAUUUGUGCACUCAAAAUAUAAUCUUGCGCGUGCAGAACAUUUUUUUUUGCACUCAAAAUAUAAUCUUGCACAUGCAAAAUAACUUUUUGUGCACUCGAAAUUUCAUCUUGCAUGCACAGAACAUUUUUGUGCGCUCAAAAUAUAAUUUUGCGCGUGCAGAAUUGUGGCACGUAUGUAACUCCAUACUACGCAGGGCGCUCGAUUUGCGUGCGUUAACUGUGGUGCUGUCUCGCAGAAUUAGAACUAAAAUGCAGUUGUCGGGCAUUACAACACGCUUUUAAUUGAAAAUUUAAAAACUAAAAUAUAAAAUUAGAAAAAGAAAUAGAAAAAGAAAAAAAAUGUCUUGCAAAAAGGGCACUUAUCUAGUCAGAGGCCAAAAGUGCAGGUGCUUGAGCACCACCUAGGGUCUGUGCACGGGUGUGUCAUGUUGUCUGGAGUUUUUUGUCUACUGAACGUUCUUAGAAAGAUAUUUUAUCAAUGUUAUAUCCGCGGAAUGAUCCAAAAACAAUUUAAACUGCAGUACAGCCUACUGAAGAGACUGUACAUCUAUUCCUCACAGCCUUGUUGUCAUUCCCAUUAAAAAUCAAAGAUGGCGCUGCUGUGAAUAAGGUCUGCAAAUAACAUCUAACACUGUUUGCACUUAGCAACAAAAAUAAACUUUGCACUGUCUAAACUUGGUGCAAAUAGCCUCUGCCUUUUAUUUUAUUCUGCAUCUUACCUCUCAGCGCAUCCCACACAAUAAUAAUACAAAUAAAAUAAUGAUCUGUGUGAAUUUGCGCAGAAAUUAUAAAUCAGUGGACCUUUUUUAUAUUUGCCAUGAUAAAGGAAGAUUACAAUUUUUGGGGGGGUUAUUUUUUGUAGCAUUAAAGAAGGUAUCUGGGAAUUUGUCCCUUUUUAUGUUUAUUUUCUGUGUGCUUAUAGUACAUUUUUCCUUUAGCAUACAUGUUUUGUCGUGUAUCUUGUGAAUUUUUAUACAGUGUAAAUCCAUUUGCAUACAUUGCGUCUACAUCGUUUUCAACGUUGUCUUUCUUUGCCUCUCUCUGGAAUUUGACAGUGACGUUAUUGACGUUUUUUUAGGUAGAGUCCAAAUGAAUACGUCAUGUAUUUGUACAUCUUUCAUACUCAAUAGAAUGUUGCCCAUUUUUUGUGGUCACUGGUCACUGCUGUAUUAUGUAA